AUGAAUGUUUUCCGAGUGUGUGUGAGGAGGCCCGUGGCUCCCCGGUGCCUGUACGCCGGCGACCAGGAGGCGACAGAGGAAAACCGCGAAAGCGAGAGCCUGGCCUCGACUCGCACCUCGACCUCAGCGGGGAAAGACAAAAAGUCGCGGGGAGCUAGCGAAGCAGGCAUCCCCUGUUUACAGGCCCCAGCGGACCCGUCUCCCUCCGCCCGGCCUCUGCUCUCCUUCGAGCUCUACGACACGGCCUGCCACAACGCCAUCUGCCGAGCUUCCGAAUGUCUCGGAGACAGUGGAAACAAACUGCCGCCCAGGUACUUUGGGUGGGUUAUCGAUGGCGCCGCGUACCUGCUGGUCGGCGGUCUGCUGGCUGUGGUCCUGGCGGCGCAGGCGACAGUCGUUGAGCGCCGCAUCGACAUGCACAUCAAAACGCUUGCACUCACCUCAGCCAUGUACGGAGGCAUUGCCUUCUGGGGCUUCGAAGCUGGACGCUUCGGUCCCCGCCAGUCGCCCCCCGCCGGCGCUCGGCGGUACCUUCUUGGGCUCUGCUGCGUAGGCCUGUCUGCUCUGCCACCUAUACUCUGCGAGGUCUUUUCACCUAGCGUGGGUUAUGCCUCCUUGGCGAUUCCUAUUCUCUUCCAUGCCAUCACGACUCCUUAUUUGAAACGUCCGCCGUCUUCCGCCUUCGCUGCCCUGAGGCGAAGCGCGGCAAAGUUGAAGACUGCAAGCACCGUGACGCGGUCUCCCGUCGCCGCUGAAGCGGCCUCACAGCCUCCGUCUGCUUCCUGUACACGUUCCGCGUCUUGCCUCAAGUCGAUGCCUGCGCCUCCGUCCUCUCCCUGCGCCGGCCCCCUCUCUCGUGCGGCGAGUGUGUCGGUCUUCGAGCCUCCAUCUGUGGACCUGGCGGAAGCAUCUAGCGAACCGCCCAACGGCGGGGGCUUUUUGCCGCAGUGGUGGGGCUCCACGCUGAGUCACAAGUGCCUUCUGGGCUUCAGUCUUUUUUCGGCUGUGCUGGGCAUUUACUCAGUUCGGAAAAUCGAAGGCACUGCCGAAGCUUCAAUUCUCCGGGACGCCUCUGAGAGCCAGCAGCCCUCUUCGCGGGCCCCGGCCUUCUGGGCCUUCUGGCGGGCCGCGGAGCAAGGCCGCGACGAGCGCGAUGAUGAAAGAAGACACACAGAAGACCAGCUCAUUCUGCGGCGAGCCCGCGAGCGAUUGAACCAGCUCGGCAGCAACGAGAAGCCUGGAGAAAAAUAUUGGGGAAACAAAUAG